AUGGCUCCCCCAAAGGAACGCAAGAGGAGAUUUCAUCGACGGAGCAAAAAUGGAUGCCAGACCUGUAAACGAAGACAUGUGCGCUGCGAUGAGCAAAAGCCGUUAUGCACCAAUUGCCUCCAGACGGGAAGUGAAUGCAUCUAUCCAACUCCCGAACAGACGCUGCCAUCCAAUGAGUCGUCACCUUCACCUUCAUCCAGCAGCAGCGCCGCAGGUCCCAGUACCGAACUUGAGGCCUUUGGCAACUCCCAGAUGGCUCUGGCUGAGCCUCCAGCGCCAGGUCUCAUCAACGUCCUCAACAACUAUGUUGGGGGCUCUUUCGACGCCCUCCCGGAGCCGUCGAAACGCCUCCUGCAGCACUUUUCGCAAUACACAGUAUGGGGCCAGCGACCCGUAGCCAGGGAACUGGAAUCCUCGGCGAUUCAAAAGUCGUUCGAAAACCCGGGGUACAUGCACAUGUGCCUGAUGCUAUCGGCCUGCCAAUGGGCCUGGGUGACGGGGUCCAUGGACGAGGUCAGGAUCCCGUUCCUGUACCACAAAGCCGCCACCUACCAGUUCGCGAGAGAACAACUCCAGAAACCAGAGACUGCGCAGAGCGGAGACACCAUGUUGGCGAUUUCUGCGCUCGCACUAACUGAGGGCGCCAUUGGAGAACUGGAUGCCUCGUCGAGGCACCUCAAGGGUAUCCGGUCAGCAGUCGAGCAGUGGAAUCGGGCAGGUGACCAAGUCCCGACGUUGCCCCAAAGGAUGCUCAAGAUGGUCGGUGACGGCUUGCGAACCGGAAAGUCGGGCCAGCUCGUCAACGUACCGGAAUAUCAACCAACCUUUAUGGCACUCCUGUUUGCCUCCAUCUGGGAUAUUACAGCGCUGCCGCCUCGCGAGGCACCGAGAUAUGGCUGGUGGGAAGAUACCGACUCACGAGCAGCAAGGCUGUGGCAGAAUCACACCAAGGACCUCAACCUCAACUACGAGAUAUCGAGAGGGUUCAACCCGACCCAAUACGUACCGCGAAUCCUUAACGGAGACCCCAAGAGUAGUCGAACGAGCUUCAUCGCCACCUUCUUCUACCUGUGCUCCGAAUUGGGUCACAAGUACUUUGACGUGACUCUGAUCGACUGGCUUCUGGAGCAACUGAUCGAUGACGUUAACGCAGGCGAGGCACACCUCAAGACGAGCGUGUGGACACAGGCGCUGUGGCUGUGGUGUGUCAUGUUUGGGGCCGCCAUUGCCUCGACGGGGCGAGCGAGCAACAUGGUCGAGGAGAGACAGCUGGCCAAGUGGCGAGGAGUCUACAGUGACAAGAUGAAGCUGUUUAGCCGCGAGCUGGGCAUCAACAGCUGGCAGGCGGCCAAGGCGAUGCUGGCCGGGGUGCUUGGGAGAAUAGAGGGGGAGGUUGAGAGGGGACUGGAGGAACUAUGGAAUGAGGGGAUCGCGGGAGGUGUGACUGGUGAAAGCAGUGCGAGUCCAGCCGUGAUAGAGCUGGACUCGGACUAG